UGAGGCAACAUCACUUCCUCUCCUGUUGUUUACCGGGAGGCUGCAGCCGUCGGACACCAUGAGAGCUCUCUGCCUGCUCGUGUGCCUGUCGCUGGGCUGCCUGGCUCAAGGGCCGAAGAAAUGCACAUCGCCGCCUCUGCUGACUGGAAGCAUGUCAGUGUUCACCCAGAGUGAGAAGCUGACGGCUUUUGCCAAAUACAGCUACGACGCCAUCGGAGAGCGCAUCCUCCUCCGGGAGUUUGGAUAUUUCAAGAAUGAAUCCUUCCACUUCAACAUGCUUCUGCUCUUCAGGCAGGGUCUCGCCUACAGGAUAAACUACAGCAACCGGACCUGCUGCAAAAAGCAGCUGCAGUCAGACUUCCACCCGCUGGCCGUCCCCAAGAACGCCUCCCUGCAGGGGCAGGUGGUGCUGGGGGGCUCCUCGGGGCCGGGGCAGGGGCUCCUGGUCAACUCCUGGGCCGGGGAGAUGAGCCUGCGUGAAGGAACGGCCAAGUACAUGAGCAGCGUCACCGAGUUCGGAUGCAUCCCGGUCAGCACCCUCUUCCACACCGACAGGACUGGUUGGAUCAUGACCAGCUUCUUCAACAACGUGAUCGGGCUGGUGGAUCCUCAGGCGCUCAACCCUCCGGAUUUCUGUGAGGACGCCAAGCUGGACGUGGAGGACGGUCCCGUGUCCUUCUUCAGCUUCUUUUGAAAUGCACUCUGGGAAAAAAAUGUGUGUAGGACAAGCCUGUUUGCACUGAAUUAUUGCUUAGUCGAUUUAGAGUCGACUGUCCGGUGAGGUUAAAGGUCGCGCUGUCAUUCUUUCUGCCGAGCUAGAGCGCUAACGAACAACAGGGAAGUAGGAAACGGUAGGUUGGCGUGAGAGACUGGCGUUCGUACCGACCGCCGGCCACAUUCCUCAGAAUCUUCUUGAGGGCAGAAUGUUUGUUCUGUGGUUGGUCUUUUAUUGUGGCGGAGGAGGAAGAAACACUAACGCUGCAGUGGCGUUACGUAAGGAGAAACUGCUCUGGUUUCGUAGCAUUUAUACGUUUGUGUUGUGUUGCUUUGGCUCCAGGUACAGCAUGUGAUUUAUUAACUCCGAUCGCAUUUGGUAAAACUAAUCAUGAUCGAUAAUUCUGUUUCUGUUCUGAAGACAAUAUUGUUGUUAUUGGUUAUUGUUUUGUCCUAAACUUCACGCUUCCUGUUGAGUUUUGUUAACUGUUGACAUGCCAAUAAAGCUGUUUUCCUGUGGUUC